UGCCGAGUGUUAUCCACUUCUCCCUUGUUCCGAUUUCUUCUCCUCCUCCUCCUAUCAGAAAAGAAAAAAAUGGCGUCUUUAUCGACUUGUAAACAUCCAGGGAAACUAUUCUCCUCGUUUUCACCUUUAUCCAUUAAGUUGUCUUCGCUCCAACGCGUCUCCGUUCAGUUCAUUUACACCCACAACCACACUUGUUCCCUUCCUUCUAUUCCAAGGCCUCUCACUGUCAUUUCCAUGGCCCCCCCUAAGCCUGGUGGUGGUAAAGCCAAGAAAGUCACUGGUAUUAUAAAGUUGGCUCUGGAGGCAGGGAAGGCAACCCCUGCUCCACCUGUGGGGCCGGCCUUGGGUUCCAAAGGUGUUAACAUUAUGGCGUUCUGUAAGGAUUACAAUGCCAGAACUGCUGACAAAGCUGGAUAUGUCAUUCCUGUCGAAAUCACCGUCUAUGAUGAUAGAAGCUUCACUUUUAUCUUGAAGACACCACCUGCUUCUGUUUUGCUGCUCAAGGCUGCAGAUGGUUGGGCAAAAAGGGAGAAAGAAAAAAAAAAUGAAAUAUACUGGUAUGGGGGCUUAGCCGCUUCCACCAUAUCACAAUCAUCGUCGUGUAUUUCCAAGGUUCAUAAGAGCCGCCUGCGUUUCAACCGAACAAAAGUCAGAGCAGUUGAAAGUAGUGAGAGAUCGAGAGAAGCAGUACCACAUGGCGAGGAAGAGGCUUAUGUGAAAUUUGCCUUUGUCAGCUCGGUAUUGCUACCAGAUGGAACACCAGAUGUGCAGCUAAGGAAAGCAUGUGGUGGCCAAAAACUUAGAGACAUAAUGCUCGAUGCUAAUGUCGAGUUGUAUGGACCUUAUGCAAGACCUUUGCUCAAUUGUGGGGGAGGAGGAACUUGUGCGACAUGUUUGGUUGAGGUGGUUGAAGGAAAGGAGUUACUGAACCCUCGUACGGACAAGGAGAAUGAAAAUUUAAAGCGGCAUCCAAAGAAUUGGAGGCUUGCUUGUCAGGCAAUAGUUGGUAAACCUGAUUCUAGAGGCAUGAUGACCAUUCAGCAACUUCCGGAAUGGAAAGCACACGAGUGGAAUUAUAGAGGAUUAUCGCCUAAUGAAGAAGAAGAAGCAGCAUCAAUUUCAUCAUCUUCAGCCUGAGCUUUUAUCUUUACAGAGCAAAUUUAUAUAUAUGUGAUGUCACAAUAACCUGCUCUUGGUUUUUGAGUCCAUUUAUAUAUAUAUAUAUAUAUCAGAUUCAUAUAUUCUUCUCUUUGCUAAAAAUAAAAUAAAAGACUCCGAAUGGGAAGAAUAGUUGAAUAUGCCAUCAAAAGAAUUGUCCCAA